UUAAAUAAAAUACUAUUAUUUUAUAUUAUCUUGGAUUUCUUAUUUAUUUUUAAUAUUUAUUUCAUUUGUACAAACCGAAUCGAAUAUCCAUUUAAAAAUAUAAUUAAACUCUAUUUUAGUAGUCUCCCUUUUAAAUUCUAUGGGAUUCAAAAAGUGAGAGAGUGGACAAUUCAAAAAGCUGUUAUCUCUCUCCCAACUCUUAUUCUUCUUCUCUCUCGUCACAUCAAAUCCAAACUGUGUAGUAGUAUCUGUUCUUUCAAGUUCCUUUGCUGCUUUCUGCACUCUCUAUUUGUUUAAACUUUCACCGAUUUCAAUUUCUCAAUUGUUUUGUGUUUUGAGGAACACAAGACACACCAUUCCCUAGUGAGAUUGGUGGCUUUUAGGGCUAGCUAUAGCUAGAACUUCUCUAACUCUGCAGCAUUUCUGGGUUCUUGUUUCCCGUUGCUACAUUUUACUCUAAACGUCUCAAAAUCUUUCCCUUUUCAUUGAUUUCUAGAAUAAAAACCCAAUUUUGAAUGUGCCCAUGAGUGCAAGUUGAAGUCUUUAGCAUCCCAAAGUAAGCUUAAUAGCUCUGUUCUGUAUUAUCCUGUGGUGUCCACUUCUGAGUCAUAUCAUACUUGGAUGGAAUAAUAAAAAAAAAUGGAGGUUGUAGAGAGGAAACGAUCAAGAGGAGGGUUUUUAAAUCUAUUUGAUUGGCCUGGAAAAUCACGGAAGAAGAAGCUCUCAUCUUCCGGCAGCUUGGAACUCUCAGAAGAACCAAAGCGGACGAAACAGAAUGCUCAAAACCUCUUGAAGCCUUCUCUCUUGAGUUUUCUCAAUACUAUUAUUACCUCUGUUUAUGUCAAGGGCCUCUUUGUCUCUUCUUCAGUUUUGUUUCGUGUUUUAUUUAGUGUAAUAUGAAAAUUUUAUGCAGAAUGAGGUUGAUGAGAUUGGCAAGAAUUGGAAUUACAACUCAAGAAGUGACUCGAGCUGUUGUGCAUCUUCUGUUACCAGUGACGAUGGUCAGGGAACAAGAGCCCCUAGUGUUGUUGCAAGGCUCAUGGGUUUAGAGUCUUUACCGGUACCAAAUGUCAAAGAGCUUGUUCUUGAUCCAUUCUUCUUCAGACAUUCAAGAAACACAAACAAAUGGAAUGCAUAUGAGAAUCUUGGCUAUGUAAAUCUCCGUAGUGACUAUGAUGACCGCAACAUGCCGGUUGAGAGGUUUCAAUCCGAGACUUUUCCUCCCAGGUCAGCUAAACCGAUCUCUGUUGCCAAGAAUAGACUCUUGUCUCCUAUUAGGAGUCCUGGGUUGUUUGUCCCAUCCAGGAAUCCAGUUUAUGUAAUGGAAGCAGCUUCAAGAAUGAUUGAACCAAGUCCUAGGAUGGUUACUAGAACCCGGUUUUCUUCGCCAUCAGAUUCUCCUUCAUUAGUUCCUAUGAGGAUUCGAGAUUUAAGAGAGAAACUAAAAGCUGCAAAGAAAGUGUCAAGCCGCCAAGUCUCCUCUAAUAAUACCUUCAACGAGAAGAGAGCAUCAACAUCAGUCACUACCAAAAGUAGUCCUGAUGGUUUGAAGAGUAAAGCGAGGCCACCUCAUGUACCUGCAGCACAAGCAAAGGCCAGCACAACGCCCUUACGUGUCAUUAGAAACUCUCCAAGCCAUAAGGAGAAAGCAGAACCUAAAAAGCGCAUCGUCAAGAGUGGGCUUAAGCAGAAGAAUGAACAGAAACAGAACUGCAAGGACAACCAACGGUUAGUAAGCAAGGUUUCAGUGGAGCGUGGAUCGAUAUCAAAGCAGUCCGGUUUGAGAAGUGAACCGGCAGGAAAGAAUGCUUCUCCAUCUUUGUCGCGCAAAAUGACUCUUCCCCGGAGCAAGAAACCACCAAAUGGGAUGCAAGAGUGUGGAAUCAAAAGGGGUGAAAGUGUGAUAAAAUGUAAUAUUGCCAGUGAUGGUGGCUUGCACUCAGGGAAAGAUGAUCGGAGAAAGGAAGUAGAUGUGAUUACAUCCCCGGUUAAAGGGUUAUCAUCUGAUUCACUAUCCUCCACUCAAGUAACUGAUCAAGACACAGACUCUGCAGCUAGUUUCGAUAUGUUUGUAGGUGGCAAUCCUUUAAAGCUCAGAGAGCUGACUUCUAAGCUUGAGUCUUCUUCUAGCUGUUGCCUGACACAAGAAGAGUCUUCACGUUGCAUUGCAAAGGAUGGGGUGAAUGCUAUGUUUUCAUCUUCAUCAGAGAGUGAGUCUAUUUCUGACAAACAAAAACUUCAGAUGAUGCAUGCAGAAGAGCAUGAAGUUAGCACUGUAACAGAACCAGAUGAUCUCAGAAGCUCUUGUAGCAAGGGCUUCUCAGAUUGCAGACAAACCACAAAAAGGCUAGACUGGGAGGUUGAGUACAUAUGUGAGAUCAUCGGUUCUGACCAACUUAUGGUGAAAGAAUUCGCUUUGGGAAUGGAUACUGACAUAUUACCUGCGAGCCUCUUUAAAGAACUGGAAGGCUGUGGAGAACCAGAAGCAGCAGCAGCAGCCAAGCUGAAGAGAAAGACACUGUUUGAUUUUGUCAAUAAGAGUUUAGCGGUCAAAUGCGAGCAGAUGUUUAGGGGUAGCUGCAGAGGGAUAUUGUGGAGAGAGGGGAUUUUGUUUGAGCAUAGAGAUUGGUUAGCAGAAGAACUGAACAGAGAGAUUCACGGGUUGAAGAAGAUGAGGGAGAUGAUGAUGGACGAGCUUGUUGAGAAAGAGAUGAGCAGUUUAAAAGGGAGUCGGCUUGAUUUCGAGAGAGAGACUUAUGAAGAAGGUGUUGACAUUGAGGGAGAGAUGGUCUCUAAGUUGGUUGAUGAUUUAGUUAAUGAGCUUGUCUCGGUGUUCAAAGAAGAACAUUGAAAGCCAAGGAAAAGGGUUGGUUUCUUCUUUGUUUUGAGUCUGAUCUUUCUCUAUGCAUUGUUGAAAGCUUAUGGUCUGUGUUUCAUUCAUGUGAUAGUUUCUCUGACAUGAGAAUUGAGAUAAAGUGGAAAGUAGCCAAUGUUGAGUAGCAUUCUCCCCCAAUGUAAUUCAGGAGCAUUCCUUUUAUUUUUUUCUAUUUUUUUUCAAAAUUUAUCCUGUAUUCUUGAAGAUCGGAUUAAAUGCAAAUAGUAUGAUACAUGUUCUGAUAAAA